GGUCGAAACGGGAAACGCCGUGAGAAAUUGAAUUACUUGGCUCCAUUCGACGACAUCGAUGUUCGCGCAACAGAGGAUGCAGCGCGUCCUAUCAUCUCGUCAGUUACCACGGUCUCUGCUAAGAGCUGGGCCUGCUUUUUCUCCUCUCUUUUCUCUGCGUGCAUUGAGUACAACAAGUCGACGGGCUCUGGCAAAUCCGCUCCCAGGCGGUCCACAGAAGCAUCCUCAGCCAGAAGUGCACCCCGCUGAGUGGAUGCAGUCACCAGAGGGUACGAAGACUGGUGUCCUUGGCUCAAAAGACACUCCGAGUGCCUAUGUCAAUCCAUACAAGCAUGGUCCUUCUGCCAUUGAGAAGACAGCAGAGCUGUUCUUCUUUACUGAAAUAAUACGAGGGAUGUGGAUGGUGUUGGAACAGUUUUUCCGGCCUCCGUAUACCAUCAUGUAUCCGUUUGAGAAGGGACCCCUUAGCCCUCGCUUUCGUGGAGAGCAUGCGCUCCGUCGAUACCCUAAUGGAGAGGAACGGUGUAUCGCUUGCAAGCUUUGCGAAGCCAUUUGUCCCGCUCAAGCUAUUACUAUUGAAUCGGAGGCUCGAGAGGACGGCUCGCGAAGGACAACCAAGUAUGAUAUCGACAUGACGAAGUGCAUAUACUGUGGAUUCUGCCAAGAAGCUUGCCCUGUUGAUGCCAUUGUCGAGACUCAAAAUGCGGAGUACGCAACGGAAACUCGAGAAGAGCUUUUGUACAACAAGGAGAAGCUCCUCGCAAAUGGAGACGCUGCUGAGGCUGAAAUUGCUGCUAAUUUGCAUGCAGACCAUUUGUAUCGUUAG